UCGUUCUUGAGGCGCGACAGAUGAAAGGAAUGCAAGCAGGAGGUGAUCAGUGCGGCGGAGAUAAUGAUAAUGCGCCUUGCGCCGCUCGGUACAAGGGCGUCCGGCGCCGGAAGUGGGGCAAGUGGGUGUCCGAGAUCCGCGAGCCCGGCAAAAAGACGCGAAUCUGGCUCGGGAGCUAUGAGUCGCCGGAGAUGGCCGCCGCGGCCUACGACGUGGCGGCGCGGCAUCUGAGGGGGCCGGGGGCCGCCCUGAACUUCCCCGAGCUCGUCGAGGCUUUGCCGAAGCCGGCGGGCUCGAGCUCCGAGGCAGUGCAGAUGGCGGCCCAGGAGGCGGCAUUGAGGUUCAGGAGGGCGGAGGGAGGGCCGGGAGCCAGCGGCGGCGAUGGCCACAGCACGGGUAAUAGGAGCUCGGGCCCGGCGCGAGUGGGGCUCAGCCCGAGCCAAAUCGAAGCCAUCAACGAGGCGCCGCUGGAUUCGCCGAAGAUGUGGAUGGAGCUCGGUGCAGGAGCCGAUUCGGCCGCGGCUUUCGAUCUUGGCGACAUGGAGGUCGACCAGUGGGGAAUGCUCCAACAAUCCAUCUGGGAUUAGCAAAUGAUAGAAGCCAUUAGCACUAGCAAGCAUCGAACUUCGGCAGCCUUUUUCCUUUGAUUUUUUUUUUCCGGUCCUUUUUAAUAAAUCUGACUAGGACAGUGAGAAGUCAACUGUCGCUGAAGAUCGGCAGGCCGUCAUUUUCAGCACGCCUGCCUAUUUAUGUAGUUAGGAAACAAGAGUUAAUUGAAUGAUGAACGUCGUCGUUCGGGAUUGAACCGUACUCGGAUAAUGCAGAUCUCGAUU